UUCAGAUCAGAAUGAACUCGAUAACAUUUUUGUCCAGGGUUCAUAGGUCCCUUAGAGUACCCUCGAGGUCGACUGGGAUUGGAGAGUUGUCAAAUAAACAGAUUUUAAGCUCACGAAGUUUAAGCUCCGUUGUUAGUUCUUCAAGUUCAGUUCAAGAUGAAACGAAGCUGCUGAGAGAACUUAGUGCAAAGAUAAGGUUCUCUGGCCCUAUCACAAUAGCAGAAUACAUGUCAGAGGUUCUAACCAACCCCAUCCAGGGUGUGUACAUGAAUAAAGACGCAUUGGGAGCUGACGGCCAUUUUGUAACCUCACCAGAAAUAAGCCAGAUGUUUGGAGAAUGUAUUGGACUAUGGUUACUAAAUGAAUGGAUGAAGAUGGGAGAACCAAGACCUAUUCAAUUGGUUGAGCUGGGACCCGGGAAAGGAACAUUAAUGAAUGAUAUUUUAAGAACGAUCGGUAAACUAAGACCAUCUGAGCUGGAGCAUAUUUCAUUACAUCUGGUAGAAAUCAGUCCAGAAAUGCGGAAAUCUCAAGAACUAACUUUGUGUGGACAAAACUCAGAAAAUUCCGAUUUGAAAGAAACCACCUCAAAGUUCGGAUGUCCAAUAGUCUGGCAUAACAGUCUGCGAAGCGUCCCAAGAAAAUUUUCCCUAUUUGUUGCUCAUGAGUUCCUUGAUGCUCUUCCUAUUCACAAGUUUGUCAAGACUCGGGACGGAUGGAGAGAAAUACUGAUUGAUCUAGACCCGGGGACAAAGGAAAACAAGCUCCGUUACAUCCAGUCUAGGAAUCAAACACCAUCCUGUGUUUUGAUUGAUCCGUUUCUCACCAAUCAGGAACUAGAACUUUGUCCUCAAGCUGGAAUUGUUUGUAAACAAAUCUCAGAUCGAUUGGUCGAGAACGGAGGUUUGGCGCUUUUGGCGGAUUACGGCGGAAAUGGACAAUCUGAUUCAUUCAGGGCGUUUAGAAAACAUAAACAAGUUCAUCCCUUGGAUUUACCCGGAACUGCUGAUCUUACCGCAGAUGUCGACUUUAAAUAUCUUGCAAAACAGAUAAAUGAAGCUUGCGCUUGGUUUGGUCCUAUUUCACAAACUCAAUUCUUAUUGUCUGCAGGGAUACAAACCAGGUGUGAACAACUAGUGAGAGGGGGAGCAGAGGUAAAAACUAUCCUUGAUGCGUACCAUGCGCUCACUAACUCGGAACAAAUGGGAGAAAGGUUUAAAUUUGCCUGUCUGUUCCCUAAAACCAUGGAACCCAUUCACAAAGUUGAUCCUCCAGUCGGAUUCGUUCAAGAAGAAGAACAAAUAUAAUCCGCGCUAACAAUUAAAACAUAUUGAAAAUCGGAUUUAACGGAUUCAUCAUAGGAUCCUUACAUCUGGAUACAUCAAACGGAUCCUUCCAUAGGAUCCUUACUCCUGGAUACAUCAAACAGAUCCUUCCAUAGGAUCCUUA